CGCAGCAUUGAUCCCGGAGCCGUGCGGUGAGGAGGAGCUGUGUGCGGGGUUUCAGUCCAGCCUCCACUCACGCGUGUCCUCCGAGAUGUUUAGUGGGUGAACGCAGACUGACAAACAGCACCGAUAUCUUGAGAACAAUGUGACAUCAUUUAUUUAUUUCAUUUUUUUUUUUCCAUUUAAAUUGUACAACCUCAUCGCCAGCCUUUGGCACACGUUUGUCUCCGUGUUGCGUCAAAGAAGCCAUGGAGCCGAUAACAAAGUGGACGCAGAAGCAAGUCAUCGAAUGGAUGAGAGGUUUGGAUGACAGCCUGCAGCAGUAUGUGACCAACUUUGAGCGGGAGAAGAUCAGUGGGGAGCAGCUGCUGAAGAUCACACAUCAAGACCUGGAGGAGCUUGGCGUGGCCAGGAUCGGACACCAGGAACUGGUGCUGGAGGCUGUGGACCUGCUCUGCGCUCUGAACUAUGGGGUGGAGACAGACAACUUGAAGAACCUGGUUGUGAGGAUGAGAGCUGCCACCAACAGCCUGCACAUGGCCACAGCUGACCGCAGGAAAAGCCCCGCGUAUGAUGACAGCAUCUCACGCAAGCCACCCAACGACUUCCUCACCUCUGUGGUCGAGCUGAUCGGCGCUGCGAAGAGCCUCCUGGCUUGGCUUGACAGGACGCCUCUUACAGGGAUCAGUGACUUCACAGCCACCAAGAACAAGAUCAUUCAGCUGUGCCUGGAGCUCACCACCACAGUUCAACAGGACUGCAGUGUUUACGAGAUGGAAGAGAAGAUCCUGGAAGUUUCUAAGAUUUUGAACAGCAUCUGUGAUCAGACCGUGAGAACAACCUCUGACCCCCUGAUGAGCCAGUCGGCCUGCUUGGAUGAGGUCCAGCUGACCGAUAUCAAUCCGGGAGAGGGUCUGGGGAUGUACAUCAAGUCCACCUACGAUGGGUUACAUGUCAUCACGGGAACCACAGAACAUUCACCUGCAGACCUGACCAGGAAGAUCCAUGCUGGUGAUGAGGUGAUCCAAGUCAACCAGCAGACAGUGGUGGGCUGGCAGCUGAAAAACCUGGUUGUCAAACUGAGGGAGGACCCCAAAGGUGUGGCUCUACUCCUUAAGAAGAGGCCCUCAGGAACAACAGGAUUCACCCCAGCCCCGCUCAAGAACAUGCGCUGGAAGCCCGCAGUACAACAGAACAAUUCCUCCCUGAUCAGAACCCAGUCUCCCUGCGGCUCAGCGAACGGGUCAACCAAAAAGGAGAAGUCGGCUAUCCUGAACCUGUACAUCCCCCCUCCUCCUCCAAUGCCGUACACCCCACGAGAGGAGAGAGCAGACUCCUUCCGCAGCAUCAGUAAAAGACCAAAGGGCUCUGAGUCUCCCAACUCCUACCUGGACCAGGAGAGCAGAAGACGCUGCACCAUCGCAGAUUACGACAAGCUAAGCUUCGGCUGUCCCAUCGAGGCCAACGUGAUCCAGCCCAGAAUGAGGGAGAACAAGUCCUCUCGUGGUAAGCCCCGCCCCCUCUCCAUGCCAGUGGACACCUGCGUUGGAGUGGUAGAUCCCUACGCAAAGCCCUGGACACAGGGAAGGAAAGGUGAAGACCUCCUGUACAGAUACCUGAGCAAUGAGAGGAUCCCCACCAUCGCAGAGGAGGUCCCCUCGGUGUCUCCGCCCUACAGGCCGGCAGGGGAACGCCACCUCGUCAGAGUGGACCACAUCAGGGGCAGCCGCUACUACUCCAACUCCGACCUCCACAACAGCGCCACCAUCCCCUACCAGGAGGACAUCAAAAAGGCCCCCGUAGGCCCCGCCCCCAAGCGUGCAACGGCAGAACGCUCACUACUGGGACCUGACUGGCACUCUAGCAGUGACUUCCUCAACCGGUAUAAUCAGCCACAAAUACGAUCCUGGUCCUUCUCUCAAGCAGCUGCCUUCCCCAUAUCUGUGCCCCCUUCAAUGGCUGCCGAUGACUACAACCCUGUCUCCCUCCGAUACAAAUCCAAGAGGAAGACUCGAGGAGGCAAUGGUACAAUGAGCAGAAGACGGAUAUCGGUCAAAGAGCUGGGUCAGCCGGACCACCAGGGCUGGCUGUACAGGAAGAAAGAGAGCAAAGGCUUCCUGGGCAUCAAAUGGAAGAAGUACUGGUUUGUGCUGAAGAAGACGGCGCUCUACUGGUACACCAACCAGCUGGCAGAGAAGGCUGAAGGCUACAUUGACCUUGCCAACUUCAUGAUUGACAGAGCCAUAGAGUGCAAGAAGAAACAUGCGUUCAAAGCUUGCCACCCAAACGUCAUGAUGUUUUAUUUUGCUGCCGAGAGCCACGAGGACAUGAACUUAUGGUUGAAUAAGCUCGGGCUAGCCUCCAUUCAAUAUGAGUCAACCGAACGCAACACUGCAGUCGAGUGUUAUAGUGAAGCCAGUGACCAUGAAGAAGCUGAAAGCACAGAGAUUCCACCUCCACCAUACUCUGAACAAACCCUCCGGGACUCCGUGGAUGCAUCCGGUCCACCUGGAAGCACCCAUCAGGGUACCCUUCCUCCACCCUACUCCUCCGCAGUCCCCAGUGAAGCCAACGGUUCGCUCUCGUCCCCCGUCAGUACAAUGACAUCAGAGAGCUCCACCUCCUCGCUCGCCAAGCACCGGCAGUCCUGGUUGGACCUGGUGUCGCAGGCGUCCCCUCCCACCGCGGAAACAGCAGUGGUGUGCUCAGUUCAAGUACACUCACAACGACCUCAGCGAGAGGAGACGGAAGAAGAGGAUGACCACCAGGUGCUGGAGAGCUCGUCACAACGGGACCCUUCGGAAACGGGGUCCAAUGAAGAAAGCCCUGCUGCAGAGGGGGAGGCACGGACGGUGGUUUCUGGUGCUAAAAAUGAAGGGGAUCGUGUGAACGGCUCGGAUGAGAUGGAGAAGCUCUAUAUUCAUCUGAAAGAGGCCAGCCUCUCCCCAAUAGGAGAUCGUAAACCAUCCACCAAAAGGGAAUUCAGGGCCUCCUUCGUAAAACGCUGUAAAAACCACACUAUCAAUGCUAAACUGCACCAUAUCAGGACUCUCAACAGCACAUUAAAGUCGAAAGAGGCAGACCUACAGGCAAUAGAUCAGGUGCUGUCGGACCCGGAGCUUACCUCGGACAAGUUCAGAGAGUGGAAGGAGGCCAAUGUGCCUUUGUUGCAGGAGAUCAGUGUCAAACAGGACCAACAGGUGGCAUCAGAGGCCACAAAAGCGGCAGCAUCAGUCAUUGCUGCUCCGGUGGUCGAGACCAGUUUAUAAAGACUCCUCAUGACUGGAUUUACUGUGUCUGGACUUGGGAGGACUUUACAUAUUUCGGACACCCACACACUGCUGUUUUCAAUUGAGCCUACUGUUCCGUAUCAGUGGACGUUGAGUACUAAUAGACAAGUAACUGGAUCAAUGAAGAAGAGUGUUUUUUAAGUUCCUAAAUGGAUGUGAUGCAGACAUUAUAUGAUUAGCAAAUCACGUCAAAAUGUGAAAUAUGUCUUGGUUUUACUUCUACUGUAUAAUUUGUAAGGUUAGCAAGUUUUACAGAUAAUUGUUUUUAUGUUAUAAUUUCUGUGAACCUAUGCAUAUAUUGUUUUAAUAUCUGGAAUGAUGGAGUACGUUGUAAUAAUGGACCCGUUGUUCUCUGCAUGGAAACACUUGUUUUUACAGUAUUUUUUAUGCUUUGAUUUCAUCAGAAGUGAACAUAUUUUAACUGUUACUGCUCAGUCAAUUAUUGGUGCCAUGCACCAUCACUGCCUGUUACACAUGUGUUUUACUGCCACUAUUUUGAAUGAUCGGUAGGUGGUGUUGGCCCUAGAAAUGAUGUCAUUGUACUUGAAACCGAACACCAGGGCCUGCGCUAUUUGAAUAAAUGUUGGUCACAAGUCAUGAUAAUUUCAGAUUUUAACUUCUAAGGUUAACUUGUGAAAUGAUUGUCCCUUCAAUGUAAUUUAAUGCCAAGACAUAAGAAAUCCCCUCAUUUCCAGAAGAAAAUGCUACGUUAUGACUGAAUUUACAUUUUACCUAACCAAAACCAACUAUUUGUAGAUGGAGAAUGCCAACCUUUAUGCAUAAAUGCUAUGGAGUUUUUGUAACCACAAACACUGACAGUAACAUGCAAACUUAAUACUUUCUGCAAAUGUGACGAGGACUUUAUUAAUAACCGAUGCUACGUACAGUCUAUUGGACUUAAGGCAAGGUGAAGUAGGAUUCAUUUGCAUUUAAACACCUGAUGAUGUAUGGUGGAUAAUUCUCAGGAAAUAAAACCUCUUAUAUAUUAUUCUUUUAAGGCAGACCACCCCGGGCCCUUACAAACUAGUCAAGCAGACCCAAAACCCUUUUUGUUAUUCAGAUACAGACAUGAAGCAUUUUGCAUAUCACCCAAUGAGCAACAGGUUUACUGAAGGCCAGCAAAGGGCCUCGACAUGGUGCCACCACCAGCAGGGGCCCUGCCAAGCUCCAGACACAAAGAUAAUGUUUCACAUGUUGUGUAUGUUUAAUAUUAACUCAGUGUAAAUAGUUGGACAUUGAUGUUCUUUGAUCUCUGUAUGGAAGUCAGUGUGCUUGUUUGUGUACAGGGAAAUAAAGAGAACAUUUUC